AUGUAUGUGUGUGUGUGUGUGUGUGUGUGUAAAAGAUAUUUAAGAUAAAUAACAUAAAUUUCCACAAUUACGCACAACGUGACAUUCAAUAAUGAAAAUUAUGUUAUAAUUUUUCAAAUCUCCCAAACAAGAUGCGCAUCUAAAAAAAUGUCAUUUUUUCAAGAAGAUACAGAUAGAUUUUUAUCAGAAAGUAUAGACGUCACAUAAAAAAUUGUUUUUCUGAUAACUUUAUAAGCCAUUUCAAAAAUUUUAAGACAUUAAUAUUCUCUUUGCUGUUUUGUUUGAUAAUGACAACCUUUGAUUAUAUCAACCUCUUGAAAUGCUUUAGAUAAAACUGAUAUGAUACUAUCUGCAUCUUCUAGAUAGAACUGUAUUCAUUGUUAUAAACUCAAUCACAUUUAAUAUUUGUUCGUGGCGUGUCGCGUGAUUGUGUCGAAAACAUGAAGAAAAUAUAUCUCGCUGCUGUAUCAGGAAAUCUAGGUAUGCUGUCAGCCGGCUUAUUUAUCGGUUGGGCAUCGCCAUCCUUGCCUUUUCUGUUGCACGGCGAUAAUGCUGGCUAUCCUGUACGUUUGAAUUUGGAAGAAGUUUCUUGGGUGACAUCUUUACUCACUUUGGGUGCCGCCACGGGUUGCGUUACUUCUGCAUUAAUGGUGAACGUUAUCGGCAGGAAAAACACCAUGUUAUUUACAAUACUGCCUUCAGUAAUCGCUUGGUUGCUGAUAGCCUUCGCAACAUCACCGUGGGAAUUAUACAUAUCGAGAUUUACGUCCGGACUAGGUAUGGGCAUUGCUUAUGCAGCCACGCCGAUGUAUUUGGGUGAGAUUUCACCGGCAGAGAUCCGCGGCAAUUUGGCAUCCAUGUUAACGGUAGCUGCAAAACUCGGCACUUCGCUCAUGUUCAUGAUAGGCCCGUUUCUUUCGGUGAGAAAUCUCGCCCUUAUAUCUUUGGCGGGACCGUUCCUAUUUGUGAUCACCUUCAUCUGGUUACCGGAAUCCCCGUACCACUUGAUGCGCUGCGACGCCAGGCAGAAAGCCAUAAACUCUCUUAUUCAAUUGAGAGGAACCAAGGAUGUUUAUAAGGAGGCAGAUAUUAUUGAGCAAUCCGUAAAAGCCGAUUUGGCUAACGAAGCUGGUUUCCGUGAACUUCUAUUUGUACCGGGAAAUCGCAGAGCUCUAAUAACGUUGAUGUGUCUGGGCAUGGUUCAACAGCUGAGCGGCUCUCAAGCCGUGUUGCAGUACGCCCAAAUGAUUUUCGAUGAGGCGCACGGUAAUGUGGAAGGCAAAUACUUGACUAUGAUACUGGGCGCUGUGCAGCUAGCCUGCGCGGUUGUCUGCAUGCUGCUCACCGAUCGCAGCGGCAGAAAGCCAUUGUUGACCAUCUCCGCCGUCGGUUCGGCGUGCUCCACCGCGAUGGUCGCGGUGUACUUUCAUCUUCAAUACAAUCGCGUGGACACCAGCGGUAUCGUGUGGUUGCCCGCCACCGGCGUGAUCCUAUACGUGAUCAUGUACGCCCUGGGUCUGGCGGCGUUACCGUUCACCAUGGCCAGCGAAUUGUUCCCCACGAACGUGAAGGCCCUCGGCAAUAUGACAGGCAUAACGGUUUUCCAUCUCACAGCCUUCGUGGUGACGAAAUUAUUUCUGGUCUUAAGCGAAAGUGCCGGUCUGCACGCGCCCUUUUGGAUAUUCACCGCGUGCAGUCUCGCCGGUGCGGUAUUCACGCUUCUCUACGUACCUGAAACCAAAGGCAGGACGCUGGAACAGAUACAGGAAAAGCUGCACGGCGUGUCGAAACAAGGAGUAGAAAAUGGAAUACCUCCGCAUGUCGAGCUAUCCUCGACGAAUAUUUGAGGAAUAUUUACACCUUGUCGCAAGGAAUAUUCGCGUUUGAUCGAGGAAAGUUUUCGAGAUCGGAUUUGCAUCUGCCGCUGUAAUUACCUCAUCUAAAGUGAUCUGCAUUGUAUAUUUUUAUUGUUGCUAAAUGUAAUUAACAUAACAUAAUUAAUGACAUUAAAAAUGUGAUAUCGAUGAACAUAAUGAGUUUAUGCUAUCGAGCUUGUGCCACGCUCGAAAGGAGGAAUUCUAAAUCGACAUGAAACCAAUCGAAAAGCUGCUGAAGUUAAACUUUAGACGCUUUGGAAGAAACGGAAAAACUCAAACAUGUCAAACAAAACUCAUUUUUAUUAUCGCGUCGGAAGAGAAAUGAGCAAUACUUUAUAAGGAAAGAUUUACUGCAGUGUGGUUCCCUUUUAAAUUAAUUACUUCAUAAAUCUCUGUGAAAAUAUAUGUACUUUAAUGUAUUGGAACCAUUAUUUAAAAGCGCCAUUUAUAAUUUUUUUAACCGCGAUUAUUUAUUCUACCUUGAACUUUCGAUUUUUUGUAGGAUAUUUAUAGCAAUUUUUUAAUACUUUUUUGGUAAACUUCAAAUAUGUACAACAGUCUCUGAUGUUACAGAAUUAUAUCACGAUAUGAAGAAGAAACUAAAUUAAUAAAUUUUAUCAUUAAUUGUAAGUAUUUAUAA